GCUCACGGCAUCCUCAAGACAAGGCCAUCUCCGCCAUGGUCAACCUCCGCUCCCAAAAGCGCCUCGCCGCGUCCGUCGCUGGCGUCGGCAAGCGCAAGAUCUGGCUCAACCCCGCUGAGCAGGCGGAGAUCGGCAACGCCAACUCGCGCGCACAUAUCAAGAAGCUCUUCAAGGAUGAGCACAUCAUCCGCGAGCCCACCCGCAUCCACUCCCGCUCCCGCACGCGCGAUCUCCACGCCGCGAAGCGCAAGGGCCGCCACACCGGCCCUGGUAAGCGCAAGGGUACGGCCGAGGCCCGUAUGCCGACGAAGGUCCAGUGGAUGCGGAGGCAGCGCGUGCUUCGUCGUCUGUUGCGGAAGUACCGGGAGGCUGGCAAGAUCGACAAGCAUCUCUACCACCAGCUCUACCAGAAGUCCAAGGGUAACGUCUUCAAGAACAAGCGUGUCCUGAUGGAGUACAUUCACAAGGCGAAGGCUGAGAAGACUCGCACCAAGAUCCUCUCCGACCAGAUGGAGGCCCGCCGUGUCAAGAACAAGGCUGUCCGGGAGCGUCGCGCUGCGCGUGUGCUCGAGAAGCGGCAAGCGAUCCUCGCCGUCGAGCACGAGGCACCUGUCAAGGAGUAAAGGGAGACUCGCUACCAUUACUCUGUACUACCACGCCACCCUCAUCCUCUCCCUCCGCGCUGUCUCAUCGCUGGUCCCACGUAUGCAUAUGUCCCUACUGCAGAAUGCUAUGCACGCCCCCUUAUGCCGCCUCAAUCGUUGUUGUAUUUCAAGCUCUUUCGCAUCAUGCCCCGAAACUAGCCGCGAACUGUUCAAAUCAGGGCUCCCCCAUUGCAGCGAAGCCCAACCAGGACACUACCAUAGUCGUGUAUUCCAGCAGGCCAGAUUACCGUCAUUGUAUGCCCAACCGCGGCGCAGUCCUAAGCCUUGACUUUUCCCACUUCUGGC